AUGAAAUGCAUUUCAGCUGUAGCUCAUUCUGUGCCCUCCAUAUUCCCACAAGCAUUAUCAAGCCAAAUAUUGGUUGAAGAACACUUUGGAUACCAUUACCGUUUAGCUACUGCUCCUGUUCUUUUGGUUAUCUCCAUUCUCUUUGACAAAAAGUCAACAAAGUAUACUAUACGUAAAGUGCUUUUGGUUAUCUCUUUGGUAUUGGUUUUUAUGAUUGGUACAUCAAUAUCGGCACCUGAUGUAGCUAAGAAUAGUGGUCUAUACAGUCAAAUGUCGGAUGGUCAUCAUUACUUUAUACUUAGCUUUUGGUCAGACGAAGAUCAUGGUGUAUUGAUCUUUGUUUGUCUACGGGCAAUGGACUUGGUCGAGGAUGAUCAGUCUCUAGAAUCAUUUAUGAAUCUAGUGACUGAAUUUUGUGCUCAAGUAGAUGGAGGGCAAAAUGCAACACCCAACUGUUAUGAUGACAUUGGGUUUACUGGUGGUACAAAACAUUCGAUGGUGCAGCCAAGUUUGCUAGAUUAUCGUCUAUACAAUAAUGGUUGCAAACUAUACAAUCAAGCCAAGAUCGACUCCCUUCUUCGCUGGAAUGACUCUGUUAGACUGCCAACUGAAGUAUCCAUAUCAAAUACAAUAGUUAUACCCAAAGUGAAAGUCAUGAUCAUUAUCUUGGAGGUGGCAUUAGUUGGUCUUAGUCAUACUGGUGAACGUUAUCCUUGUAGUAUAGUUAUGUAG